AUGACAAGUCCGUCGCGGGAUAUAAACGAUCUUUUUGACGAUAUUGUCCUGACCGAGGAGAAGGAGGCACGUUUGGGCUACGAGGAGGGACUGAAGGACGGCCAGGAGCAGGGCAACGAAGAGGGCUACAAAUUGGGCUACGCCCAGGGCGUAUCCCUAGGCGAGGAGCUCGGCAAGAUUCUGGGCCAGGUGGUGGCCCAGCAGCAGCUGAAACACACGGACAAGGUGCGUCGAAGCUUGGAACAGUUGCGUUCGCUCAUCGAGGAGUUUCCCCGCACCAACGAUCCGCAGGCGGACAUAGUGGGUGCUGUGCAGGACAUUCGCUCCUCCCACCGUCGUCUUCGCGCCCAGCUGGGAUCCAAGAAAACACCUGGUGCAGCACCUGCAGAGCCCAAUUCUGUCGAGCACAAGGACUACAGCUUUUAG